UUGUUUUUUGGGACCUAGAACAAGCAUCUCUGUUUUGUCCGAGUUUAAAAGUAAAACAUUUUCCACCAUCCACUUCCUUAUAUCUGAAACACAGGCUUCCAGGGUAGGCAAUUUGGGGGUUUCAACAUGUGCAGCUGUGUGUCGUCCGCAUAGCAGUGAAAGUUGACAUUGUGUUUCCGAAUGACAUCACCAAGAGGUAGAAUGUAUAGUGAAAACAAUAGUGGUCCUAGAACAGAACCUUGAGGAACGCCGAAACUUACAAUUGCAUUUGUCAGAGGACAAACCAUCCACAGAGACAAACUGAUAUCUUACCCACAGAUAACAUCUAAACCAGGCAAGAACAUGUCCGUGUAGGCCAGUUAGGGUUUCCAAUCUCUCCAAAAGAAUGUGGUGAUUGAUUGUGUCAAUAGAGGCACUAAGGUCUAGGAGCACGAGGACAGAUGCAGGGCCUCGGUCUGACGCCAUUAAAAGGUAAUUUACCACCUUCUCAGUGCUAUGAUGGGGUCUAAAACCAGACUGAAGCAUUUCCUAUACAUUAUUUGUCUUCAGAAAGGGAGUGAGAUGCUGCGCAACAGAUUUUUCAAAACAUUUUUUGAGAGUAAUGGGAGAUUCGAUAUAAGGUCAAGGUUUGGCUUUUUCAGGUAAGGCUUUAUUACUGCCACUUUUAUUGAGUUUGGUACACAUCCGGAGGAUAGAGAUCCGUUUAUUAUGUUCAACAUAGAAGGGCCAAGCACAGGAAGUAGCUCUUUCAGUAGUUUAGUUGGAAUAGGAGAAUGCUCCUUUUUAGUUAGCUUUUCAACAGUAUCAAAAAUACAUUUUGGAUUGUUUUUUAUUUCCUCAAAUAGGUUGGAAAAGUAGAGCAGCAGUGGUGAGGGCUCUACGAUAUUGCACGGUACUUCCCAAGCUAGCCAUUUCCGUUCCAAUUUUCUGGAAGCUUGCCUCAGGUCUCUGGUAUCUUCUGUAUACCAGGGAGCUAAUUUCUUGUGACCAAAGUGUUACACAAGGUUACAUUUAGAUCCCCAGUUAGGUGGUUUGUACUCCGAUGUCCUUGGUAAGGCAUUUGCAGCCGUGUGCAAACAUUGCUUCACUCACACGCGUUCAGUGCAUCGAAUGGGAUUGGAGUCGACGGAAAAUAAACAUGUUACCAAAUAUAACAAUGUCCAUUUCAUAAGUAUUCUAAUAAAGUGUGUACAAAAAAAACGUAUUAAAACACGUCUGUAAAACCACAAUGAGGACAUGACCUAUCAAGUAAAUUUUCAUAAAUCGUUGGGUACAGUGCAAUAAAAAACGUCGUCAGAGUAGGCUGAAGUGGUGGCGUUAGUUCAUGUACGGAAUUUCAUUAUUAACACCUUUUGGUUAAUAAUGUCUGGUGGGUGAAAAAUCCCAAAACAUUUUGCUCAUUUAUAUCACCUUUCUGAUAUCUUGACUUUCUCUUCCGUCACAAAAUCUAAAGUUUAGAAAUGUCAUGUUGUUGGUCAUUAAAGUGUACUGCGACUGGAUUAUUCCUGUCGUUUCUCCUGAUUGGACUUUGAUGUUCACGAAUUCUCUGUUUGAGAGAACGAGAGGUUUUACUUACAUAACACAGCCCACCUGGGCAUUUAAUCAUGUAGAUAACAUGGGUGGAGGUGAACGGAAUGUCAUUUAUUUCCUGUAUGUGGGUGGCAGAAAUAUCCUCACUUCAUCAUAUUGUUGCACUGUGCGCAGACUGCAUUUACAGCUACCAUUCGGAAGAGGGCGGUAACGAGCCUGGCUCAUUUUUCUUUUGUGUCUGGCAGGUGACAUGGACCAAUUUGUCACGUAAAUUGCGACAUCUCCUACGUGAUGGGUUAAUAAAUUCAGCUGGUAAAACUGGGUCGGAUGAUACAUGCCAGUGUUUCGUGACAUCAUCUCCCACUUUGCGCGAGUUCAAAGUAUUUUUUGAUGGUGAACAUGUUGUGUGUGUGUUUUUUUAACUCGUGUUUUCCCUAGUGCUGAAUGAAUAGCUUCAUCCACAUAUUGCGGAGCCUCUUGGAAAUCUAUUGCGCAUCUCUGCUACUUCUUCUAGUAAGUCCUCUGUGGAGUGGUAUACGCGCAGUCUGAAAAACUGUCUUGGAAGUCCUCUUUUUAAUGGCUCGGGAGUAUUUCUGUCCGUUUAUUUUCUGUACAGAGUUGUAAACGGGGUUCCAUUUAAUUUCUCAAUUUACAUAUCGAGUUAAUGAAAACGUUUCGUGUCACAUUCAAUUGUGAAUUUGAGAUUAGGGUCAAUGUCAUUGGGUAAUGUCAUAAAAUCGUCAAUAUAUCAGUUCAGGAUUUUAUUCAAUAAUGGAUUUUCAUUGUUAACAAAAACAUUCUUCAAGUUGACCCAUAUUAAGGUUAGCAUAACUUGAAGAAAAUGUGGAACCCAUCAAUGUUCUUUAUAUAUGUUAAAACAUAUUUAGACAGCUCUAGAAUGAAGUCCGUUGGUGGGCAUUUGUUAGUAUCUCGGUCUCUCAAAUAGUAUCUCCAUCCAAUUUUAGCUAGUUAACCACCGGAGGACAACAACAUGCAACAAUUCAAGUUGGUUUUCACCCACUUGUCCUUGGUGCGCCAGGACCAUUCACGGUUGAGUUCGUGUCAAUUACCUUGUACCAGUGCACAUCGGCUCGAUACUGCAUGUAUAUAUAGCCAAACUAUCAUUGCUCAUUGUGCAUAUAUCCCUUAUGUUAAAUGUGUUGUUGUUUUUUCGUUUUUUCCCCCCAUUGUGAUCUGCAUUGCUGGGAAAGGCCCGUAAAGUAAGCGUUUCACUGUUAAUCUACACCUGUUGUUAAUUAAUGGAGCGUGUGACAAUUAAAAUGUGAUUUCAUUGGUCAUUAUGUGUUUUAUUCAGUUCAAAGUUGAUGUUGGUAUCUUAGAAAUUAAUAUCCAAAGGUACCUCAAGACUUUCCCACAAGACGGCCUUUGCGGGACAGGGUGUAUGUAUAGUCGUGGAGUGCUCUCUUUCCUUGUCUCCUAGUGCUCUCUUUCCUUGUCUCCUGCGCUAAGGUGAACGGGAAAACUAGAUAGGAAAUAUCAACUCCCAAGCAGCAUAUACUCCCAACGCGUUGUUGUUUUCGCCCAUCCUGUAUUUAACACACCAGUACUUGUGAAGGUGAGGAGACGAGGAGAAGAAACUAGUCUAGAGUUAGAGACUAUUGAGACGCCCUCUGCCACGGUCAAGUUCAGGUGAGCUGACGGUAGGUUCUGCGUUUGAUUCAGUUCGGGUUUUCUACGGUUAGGUGUGUUUUUAAAGAGGGCUGUUGAACAUAUGACAGAAAACGCUGCGACGUGAUCAGUGCAUUUUAAAAUAGUUUUUUAACUGCUUUGUAGUACAGAAAAAAAGGUAUAUUUAAAAUUGUAGAGAGAAUUUAAAAAAAACAUCGGACAUUCUUAAACUCUUACAUAAGUUAUUUCGUCAUGGACGAGGCAAUGGCGAUUAUUUUGAUAUCCAUUGUGAUGUUUUUGGGAUGUUUUCUAUUAGGUUCGAUUCCACUUUUGAUCAAACUUUCUGAGAAAAGGCUGCAGUUUGUCAGUAUUUUUGGGGCAGGCCUGCUCUGUGGUACUGCUCUAGCUAUCAUCCUCCCAGAGGGGGUGGAACUACUGGAAGAGUCAUGGAGAGUGUCCUCCUGCUCUGUGGCCCCAGUAGCAGCCAAUGAGAAUGCCAGUGACGGUGGGGUCGGAGGUCAGCUCCAGGAGAUGGGCCCCUCCUCUAAAGGUCUCCCAGCACGGUUCUUCAUCGGGGUCUCCCUGGUUCUAGGGUUCAUCCUCAUGUUCCUGGUGGAUCAGAUCAGUAGCUACUGCUCCGUACAUGAUCAACGUACCGGAACAUCCAACAGGACCACUAUCACAGCUACAGUAGGAAUGGUCAUCCAUGCUGCUGCUGACGGUGUAGUUUUAGGUGUUGCCGCGGUUUCCUCCAAGGUCACAGUUCAACUGGUGGUCUUUCUUGCUGUCAUUCUGCACAAGGCUCCUGCAGCGUUUGGCCUUGCCACCUUUCUGUUGCGCGCAGGUUUAGAGAAGAGGCAGAUUCAGAAGCGUCUCUUGGUGUUCUCCGCUGCAGCACCUGUACUCUCCAUCAUUACAUAUUUUAUCCUGAACGCGAGUGGAGGUUCAGCCCAGCGUCGUCUGAGCGCUACAGGUGUUGGGAUGCUGUUCUCAGCCGGAACGUUCCUCUAUGUUGCCACGGUCCAUGUACUACCAGAGGUCAGCUCCAGGGGGCAGCAGCAGAGCUUUGUAAAUGUAAUCUCUGGGACCGGGCACCUCCACGGGACUGGGCAGCAGCAGAGCUCUCUCCACCUCCACGGGACUGGGACUGGGCAGCAGCAGAGCUCUCUCCACCUCCACGGGACUGGGACUGGGCAGCAGCAGAGCUCUCCCCACCUCCACGGGACUGGGACUGGGCAGCAGCAGAGCUCUCUCCACCUCCACGGGACUGGGACUGGGCAGCAGCAGAGCUCUCCCCACCUCCACGGGACUGGGACUGGGCAGCAGCAGAGCUCUCUCCACCUCCACGGGACUGGGACUGGGCAGCAGCAGAGCUCUCUCCACCUCUACGGGACUGGGACUGGGCAGCAGCAGAGCUCUCCCCACCUCCACGGGACUGGGACUGGGCAGCAGCAGAGCUCUCCCCACCUCCACGGGACUGGGACUGGGCAGCAUGGGGACCUGGGGGUCCUGGAGAGCCUCACGCUGAUACUAGGAGCAGGACUACCUGUGUUACUGGCCCUGGGACUACAUGAUGACUAGUCUUGUGAAUCGAAGCUAUCCUACCAAGUCUCCUUCGUCACUCAAAGGAACAUUGGGAAUGAAUGUGAAGGAAGCCUGAAAAUCGAGACUACACUACGACUGACAAGUUAACGCAAAGAAAGACACCACAUGAUACCAAGCACACAUUCUUACAUAGAGAUCAUUGAGGGUGUUUCCGUGCCAGAUGCAGUGUGUAUCAGUGUCUUUCUCUGAAAGGUCAAGGAGUUACUGAUACUGUUACUGACAUGGGUUUGAACAUA